CUCAUAGAAACAUGCGGCUUCGAUAGUUUUUUUUUGUGAUUUUUUUCUCAAAUAGUUUUAAUCGAAGAAAUAAUCCACUGAUAAACGCAUUUUGUCACCUUAGUUAUAUUAAUUUGCUAAAUUAGCGCUAGAAAAAGAAUUUACAAUGAUUGCAGUACUUCGCUCGCAGAACAUUUAUUAUUUCGUCGUUGGUACACUGAAAAGAAGAUGUUCAAGUUCAACUUUGUUUGAUGGAAAAGUUGACAGAUAUGGUGGCAUAACUGUGGACUUACAAAAGUCACAUCUAGACAGCCCCGAAACAACAUUCAGUGAUAUUUUGAAAGAAUCUUUACUAUCAUGGAGGAAAGAGGGACGGAAAGCAGUAUGGCUGAAUAUACCGGUGAUGAAAGCUGCCCUAAUACCAAUUGCUGUGAAGCAAGGUUUUUGUUUGCAUCACAGCCGUGGAGAUUGCAUCACAAUGUGUCAAUGGAUGGACGAUGGCUCUCCAAGUAGACUACCACUCUAUGCAACACAUCAAGUGGGCGUGGCAGGAUUUGUGUUAAAUGAGGAAACAGGGCAGGUUCUAAUGGUUCAAGAUAAAAUACGAGUGUCACUUUGGAAGUUCCCUGGUGGUUUAUCCAACCCUGGGGAGGACAUUGCGGACACUGCCAUCAGGGAGGUCUAUGAGGAGACUGGUGUUAAGACAGAGUUCAAGUCUGUUAUAUCAUUCCGACAACAACACAACCAUCCUAACGCUUUUGGAAACUCAGACAUAUAUGUUGUAUGCCGACUGCAACCUUUGACCUCAGCCAUCACUGUAUGCCAAGAUGAACUAUUGGAUGCUAAAUGGAUGAAAAUUCACGACGUUGCUCACGAUGUGAAUAUUCCGACACUCACUACGAGGAUAUGUCGCCUUGGAAUAUGUGGAAUGGUAGAAGGCUUUGAUAAAGUGGACAUUCAGAUGGAGAAACUUGAAUCCAUCUAUAGAGGUGCUUUUUAUAAAAUUUACCAUCGACCUCUGUCAGACAAAUAUAAUUACAUGUAGUUCCCUACUCUGUAAAACCAUUACUGAUUGGCUGAAAAGACAUGAAAUGAAUUUGUUAACUGCUUAGUGACCAAUCAGUGAACUUUUUACAUGAAGCGAAUAUACUGCACUGCAAACUGUUAAAGGGCGCGGGUCGUCCUGCAA